GGUGGUUCUUUUUGAAGGUUGGAUGCUUGGCUUUAAACCUCUCCCUGGUGAUGUUGUCAAAGCAGUAGACCCACAGCUUGAAAGCGUAAACAGAAAUCUUGAAUCCUACUAUGAUGCAUGGGACAGGUUUGUGAACAUAUGGAUAAUCAUCAAGAUCAAGGAUCCUAGUUGUGUUUAUCAGUGGAGAUUACAGGCUGAAGUGGCAAUGAGAAAUGAUGGGAAACCUGGAAUGUCCGACGAGGAGGUCUUGGAUUUUGUGUCUCGGUAUUUACCUGCCUAUAAUGCAUAUCUUCCAACCCUGUAUUCUGAAGGCCCAAGGGAUUUCUUCGAUAAGGAACGGCUUCUAGUAAUUGAUAUCGAUGAAGGGAGAAAUCCCGUAUCAGAGGUUUGAAAUUUAAUGUAAUUUAACAUUCUGGAAUCUAACAUUUAGGCUUGCCUAAUGAUAU